AGCCAGCGGGGCCACAGUACAAAUACCGACGUAACCCCUUCUGAAACUCUUUUCCCCGCUGAACUCAGCAGUUGAAAUGUGGAGAUCCUAUUGUGUGCCUCAAAAAAAGAUUAUGAAGUACAACACGCGUGAUCCUGGAUGACUAAUGUAUCUGCCUAAUGGUUUACAAUCAGCGUAACUUCUUGCUGACCCUGAGAAACCAGGAGAUCCUGCGGGAAUGCCAUGGUCUGAACUUCCAGCCAUAAUGAUCAAGGAACCAUUGGUGGUAUGCCUGAAGUUGGGGUCACAUGGGUGGAACCUUUAGUGACUCCUCGUAACAGUGGCUGGCAUGGUGAGAUGGGAAUGUGACUGAUCCUGGUUCUCUGUGUAAAAAAUCGUGACAAGAUGAACUAAAAUGCUUGGUCAGGAGGGUGUGCAGGAACUGUCAUUUACCACUGACCUACAGUUGUCCUGAAGAAAGCAGUGCAUCACCGGCUUCACUUUAUAAUUAAGCAAUUUGUUUGGCGAAACUUCAUUAAACUGUACGGGUGUUAUAAUUUUAGCUUGAUAAAUAAAACCAGUAAUUGUGUAACUUCAUUGUCCAGAACCAAUAAAGGGAUUUGUACAUAAUCUGUGCCAUUUUCUUAUAUUUGCUACAUUUACGAUUAGCUGUAGGUGGGUUUAAGCAAAGCAGUUCAACACACAACGACAGUUACACAUGGAGUAAAACAAACAUACAGUAUAAACAAGUCUAACUCGAAGAUGGUUCCUAUAUAUUAAUGGUGGGUGCGGUUUGAUGCUACCAAUUUGAGGUAUUGGCAAAUUUGUGUUGCUGGUUUCUUGACUACAGUAUGGUACACUAGCUGUACCACAGCAUCCAAAGUCUCGGCUUCCCUGUCAACCAAUGAAAAUCGGACAUUUGUUCAGUGUAGACUGAUUGGCCAGGCGGACAGGGAGUGGGGAAACUGCGAUUAGCAGGGUGGUCAACUAUCAUUUAAAAUUUAGCAAGCCACGUCAUGCGAGGGUCGAUGCUAUUCAGUGCACUGAUUGCACUAGCCAGUGCCAAACCAUCGCUGUAUUUUAAAGAGCAGUUUGAAGAUGGGGAUUCUUGGACUACCCGGUGGGUUGAAUCCAGCCAUAGGUCUGACUACGGGGAAUUUGUCCUGACACCUGGGAAAUUCUAUGGAGAUCCAGAGAAAGACAAAGGUCUCCAGACCAGCCAGGAUGCCCGCUUCUACUCUUCUUCUGCUCGAUUUGAGCCCUUCAGCAACCAGGGCAAGACCCUGGUGAUCCAGUUCACUGUGAAGCACGAGCAGAACAUUGACUGUGGGGGAGGCUACAUCAAACUAUUCCCCGCUGACCUUGACCAGGCAGACAUGCAUGGAGACUCCCAAUACAACAUCAUGUUCGGUCCAGACAUCUGUGGCCCAGGCACCAAGAAAGUUCAUGUCAUUAUCAACUACAAGGGCAAGAAUCAUCUCAUCAACAAGGACGUCAGGUGCAAGGAUGAUGAGUACACUCAUCUGUACACUCUGAUCCUGAACCCUGACAACACGUACGAGGUGAAGAUUGACAACAAGAAAGUGGAGUCUGGAAGUCUGGAGGAGGACUGGGAUAUUCUGCCUCCUAAGAAGGUCAAGGACCCAGAGGCUGUGAAGCCAGACGACUGGGACGAGAGGGAGAGGGUGGAGGACCCCGAGGAUAGGAAACCAGAGGACUGGGAUAGGCCAGAGAACAUUGCUGACCCUGACGCUAAGAAGCCUGAGGAUUGGGACAAUGAGAUGGACGGUGAAUGGGAGCCACCCAUGGUGUCCAACCCUGACUAUAAGGGCGAAUGGAAACCCCGCAAGAUCGACAACCCUGACUACAAGGGCAAAUGGGUGCAUCCUGAGAUUGACAAUCCAGAAUACAGGGCAGACUCUGAAAUAUACAGAUUCGACAGCAUCGGUGUCAUUGGCCUGGACCUGUGGCAGGUCAAAUCCGGGACCAUCUUCGAUAACUUCCUGAUCACAGACGACGCUACGCUGGCAGAAGAGGUUGGCAAUGAGACCUGGGGUCAGACUAAGGAUCCAGAGAAAAAGAUGAAGGUGUCCCAGGAGGAACAGGAGAGGAAGAAACUAGAGGCGGAAGAGAUGGGGAGGAAAGAGCAGACGAAAGAUGAGCCUGAAGACGAGGAGGAAGAAGAGAAGGAGGAAGAGUUAGAGGACCGUGAAGAAGAAGAAGAAGAAGAAGAGACUGGAGCAGAGGAAGAAGAGGAGGAAACAGACUCUAUAAAGGAUGAACUUUAGAGGACUGACUUUCUCAUUGGGGUGAAUCUUCCGUUGAGCCUGGGGAGGGAUUAUGCGUCAUUUCGCUUUACCAUCCAGUCAGUCAGGCCUCAAAGUAAUGUUGAGAGAAGGGGCGGUGAAGAAGUCAUUUAGAUUUUACUGCAAAAUCUAUGACAUUUUUUAUUUUAUGUUUUUUAUUUAAUUUAUUAGAUUUUGACUCACUGGUUUACCUCCUUAUUAAUUAAGGCAGUAAACCAGUGUGUCAAAACUAACCUAUUUCUUGUAAGUAUGCAUUUAAUUGUCUGUUUCUCCACCAAAUAUCACAGAUGAAGUCGAAUUGAUUGAAGCUUGUGUGUUUUUGUUUUCUUAAUUCACAUUGAGUGAAUAUGUACUCCAUGUAAAUCCUACUCAACCUUGACAUGCAUAGCGAUAGUUUCCCAUUCAUUCAAUGUCCAUUUGCUAACUAAAUGCAGUCACAUACUGACAUACUAUUAGGUAGACGUAGCAUCUAUAACCUCACCAAGGCCAAAUUCAUUCACCAACCUCUAAUUCCAUUGACAUUCAGCCAUGAAAUACUGUAGCCAAGUCAGACGUUUACUCCAUUGUGAGUUUUCACUGUUGUAUUUUGUCUUGCACAGUAACCGCAUACUUCCUAAUGUAGCCUAUUGCAUUUGUUCCCCUUUAUUGCUUUUGUAGAUAUUUGUAACCUUAUUUGGGAAAUUAUGACGAUUACAUAUAGUGUUGUGCAAAAAUACUGUACAGUAGUAAAAAAAAAAAAAAAAGAGGGUUGUUUGGAUUUUA